AGAAGAAGAAGAAGACACUUUCCCUUCAUCGGAUCAUUGUUUAAAUCACAAGGACAGAGAGUUACAGAGUAUGAACCCUUGGACAUGCAGGUACCUCCUGGCAGGCAACUCUCAACAAGAAGCAGCAGCAGUGGAUUGACCAGACGCUGUUUACCAGUAGCUGCCUACAGAGCUCACAGUUCAUCACUGUCCUUUCCCUGGUGGGGUGAAGACCAGAAGAGGGUGAUGUCCUUCCUGUCUUCAAGGCCUGCCUCAGAAAGUGCUGGGUACCCAACCAGGAGCUGCCUACAGAGCUCCCAGUUCAUCACUGUCCUUUCCCUGGUGGGGUGAAGACCAGAAGAGGGUGAUGUCCUUCCUGUCUCCAAGGCCUGCCUCAGAAUGUGCUGAGUGGAGAUCUUCAGUGUUGUUGAACAGUGCCAGAAUUUCUUCCUGGAUGGGACAACUCCAAAUCUCCCAGGUAUUUUGGUUGGUGGGACAGUCCAGAACCACUACAAGCUGAUUUGCCAGUUGUUCAGCAACAUCUACAGGUUUGCAACUCUCUACGACACGACCAACAGGAUCCCUGUGUUCUCAGCCUACACCUUCACUGGUAAUGUUGUUGGUAGCAAGAGACCAAAAAAUCAAACCUGGAUGAUCGAGCCCCAGCUUGAAGAUAUAGAUAUAAAAGAGAUGAAAACCCAAGAUGAUGAUGAGGUGAAGGAGCUUAAUAAUAAUAACGUUUUAAGAGUCAACCACCAGGCUGCGGACACAGACUACAAAAAUAACAGACUGGAUCUGGACAGAGGUCACCUGUUCCCAUGUUCGUACGCACCUGAUGAUGAUGCCAAGAGGUCCACUUUCACCCUGACAAACGCCGUUCCCCAAGAAAGAUCCUUCAACGGGGGCAGCUGGAGGAGAAUGGAGUGCAAAGUCAGAGACGCUCUUGAGCUUAACUGUAAGAAGAACAACAAGAUAGAAGCCUAUGUGGUGACUGGAGCAGUUCCCAGCUUCAACAACACACUGAAGGAACGAGUGAACAUCCCAGAUCUCAUGUGGACAGCCUACUGCUGUUACAACAACAACCUGAAACAGUGGGUGGCCCAAGCACACUGGGGUGAGAACCAAAAGGAGGACAAGGGGAAAAAAUUGCCCUCAAAUACCUUGGUAGAUCUGUAUAACAUAUUGAACCAGCUUUACCCAGGUGGUGAUGUCCAGGUGUUCCCAGAUCAGUGUCCAACUGCUGAUAUUCCCAGAGCGCUUCCCCUCAGGGAUGGGGAUGUAUAUGAUCAUUGUGUCUAUGAUGAUGACUGUGUCUGUUCCUCUGUUGGGGUCAAAGGUUAUUACCUACCUGUUGUAUUAGUUUCUGUGCUGGUGAUGAUGAUGUAGUGACAUAACCACCAGGAACCUGAUGUAGUUGUAUUUGUUUCCUUUUUUUGGACUUUUAAAUUAAUAAUAUGUACCCAUUGAUUCUUAAAGAUAUAACUGAGUAGCUUGUAGA